UGCUCACAACUUUUUUUCUCACCCCCUCCUCCUCUUCCUCCACCACCCAAGCGUUUUCUUGCACACUGUCUGCCUGGGUGUGCCUCCUCCCUGUAACAUGAGAGCCACAUGACCAAUAGGAAGACAAACAGUCUGGAAGUUAGAUUCCUUCCGCAAACUUUACAAGUUUUUUGCUGUGUUGCAAGUGGAGCACGGCAGCAGGCCACAGUCCAACAACGCCAGAGACGAAGCUAAUCGAGAGAGACAGCAGCAAAGAUGGCCGAACAGCUGCAGAAGCUUGUAGCCGACAAGAAGGACAUGGUGGAGACUGUGAUGGAAGUGUUCGAACAGGGAGCUGAGAUGUUGGCCAGUAUCGCCGGCGACCUCUUCCCCGUUUUCUCCAUCGCCGCCCCGAUCGUGAAGCUGGCCCUGGACAACGUGGAGAGUGAAGAGGCCGCGUUCAUGAAGGAGCAGUUUCAGAAGGUCCGAGAUCGCCUGGAGGUGGUGUCCGAGGAGAUCCAGCGCAUCAACGACGAGAUCAAGAAGAGCGGAGUGGACGCAACGUAUUUCUCAGUGGAAGAAAACAUCACCAACCAGUUCAGGAAGUACAUGGACAUACUCAACGCCAAACCCAAAUUCCGGGAGGUCAAGAAGAAGCUUUUCCUGGAGCACUUUGCAAAGACUGGAGGAGACAAAAACCUGUACAUCCUCUACAACGCUGUGACGGGGGACAACUUCAACGGGGAGUCUGUGCUGGAGGUCAUUCUGAACUACGAGGAGAAGAGUCGCCGGCCCAUGGAGGACUUCUGCGCCAAGCUCAAGAAGCUCUUCUGCAUCGGGCUCAUUGCGCUGCUGGGCCACGCCGCUCUGAAGGGAUACGACGAGGAGGACGUGCUUCUGAAGGACUGGGGCGAGAAGAUGAAAGAAGUCCAGGCUAAAAUGAACGCUGCCAUUGAAGACUGCAUCGUCAGCUUCCCCCAACAAGCUGAGCUGGAUUCAAAGCGACUGGUGAGAGACGAGGGGAACUUAACCAGCCAGCAGCUAGCGGAUGCUAUCAUAGAGAAGCUAAAGAAGAAGUACGACUGGGUGGGUUGGUCCGUGCGCAUUUUCAAGACCCCCUCAGGCCUGUUCGCCAACAAGAAGGACUUCCACUGCUCAACGGGGAAGAGUCGCUUCCAGGUGCCCACGUCCGACGACAAGCUCAACGUCUGGGUGUCCUACAGCUCCUCCCCCGAGCCCGUGGAUAAGAACCAGGUCCAGCAGCUGAUCCAGAGUCAGAAGAAAGUCACGGUGGUGAGCGUAGCGGAGAUCCUGUUCGAGAAGUUACCGGGAGACUGCGUUGUCCACACGAUCAAAACCAGCAAGGACCUGGCCUGCUCCUGGAGCUUCAGCGACGAGCUUCACUACUGGGAGGAACACAAAAACUUCUUCGUCUGCGUUCACUCGGCUUAAACAAAAACUCUCAGACGUCACUCGUUCUUUGUUUGCACAUCUGCCUUUCGCCUUAACUAUCCCACCAUGUGUGCCUUAAAUGCAGCCUUUUUAUUCUCUCCGUAGGCUUUUUCUAAGACGUUUUACUGACAUUUAUUGCAGCUGUAAGAAAACAAACUAGAUUCUUACUUGUUUUAAAUUUCUUGCUCUUGUCUUUUUAUAUUAUUGUGUUUCUUUUUGACAGGAUUUUAAAUCUUUCGGAAAAUCUCCGCUCUUAAAAUUCCAGAGGAGGUCUUUGUUUAUAACUUGCACUGGUUUCUUACUUGUCCCAGCGCUCCCACUUCUUUUAAUUUCCUCGCAUUUGGUCUUUUUAUAUUCUUGUUUGUAUUUUGGAAAAACUGAAAGUCUGUGGGCGGUGUUUGUUUCGAUUACUGCGGGCGAGUCUCUGACUGUGUUGGUCUAGAGUCCAGCUGUUAAACAGAGAUUAUGUCAGAGCUGGUGGCGAUAAGUGGCGACCUCGCCCUGCUGGGGACAUUCGUAGAGAAAAUGGCUGCAGGUUUUCACAGAGACUAAGAUGGAGGUUUUUAGUUUGAGCUCAGAUCACAAGAGACGAGACCUCCAGCAUCAUUUUGCUGCCUUGCAUAAGAACCCAUGAAACCUGAUUUGCACACCCUGCUGUGAACGAGCUGAGGCUGGAGACGGAAGCCUCUUGUUUACAUGCAGAUGCCUAGCAUAGCUGUUAGCUUUAGCAACACAAACUGGACUCUUUGACGGUUUUACUUUGACACAGAAGAAGCUGUUUUAGAUGCUGCGUGUUUUUGGUUUGGGGACACUAGACAUGUAUCAUAGAACCACUGGAUUGUUUUACACAGUUUGUGUGUUAUUUCCUAAAUGUUCCUCUAAUUAAAACAUCCUCCGUUUACUGUAAAGAUACAGAUAGAAAAUGUUUAUGUUGCACAUCCUUUAUAUAUAUUUUUUCUCACGUUCUCUCAAACCCCUGUGGGUGAAUCAAAGCAGUGAAUGUAAUAAACGAUCCAAAUAAAAUCAAUCACAU